AUGCGCCCACGGCCGCCUCCUCGCGGCGCGCUCUCCAAGCAACACCUCCUCCGCAUCCGCCGCUGCCUGCCACCCGUUUGGCUUAAUGCCACCCCCGCUCAGGACCCGUCCCCGCCGCAGCCGACGCCACCUGCCUCCUACUUCUCCCCCGCUUCCCUCUCAUCACUCAUACGCUCCUGCACGUCCCAGCGCGCCCGUCGCCCCGGCGAGCAGGCGCACGCGCGCGCCGUCGCGCUCGGCCUCGGCGCGCACCCCUCGGUGCUCCCCAGGCUCACCACCUUCUACAUCGCGCUCGGCGACCUCCCCGCCGCGCGAGCCGCCGUCGAGCGUGCGGCGGCAAAGGCGCGGGCGUUCCCGUGGAACCUGCUCAUCUGGGGGUAUGCCGACCGUGGGCUGUGGGGCGACGUGGUCCUCGCGUACCGCAGGAUGCUGGCGCUGGGCGUGGCCGCCGACAGGUUCACGUACCCGUCGGUUCUGCGCGCUUGCGGCGAGCUACGGGAUGCCUCCGUUGGCCGGGAGAUUGAGCAGCGCGUUCGGUCGUGGGGAUAUAGUCUGGACAUGUACGUCUGGAACGCUCUGGUGGGGAUGUAUGCCAAGUGCGGGGAGAUGGAGGACGCGCGCAGGGUGUUUGAUGGAAUGCCUGCGCGGGAUGUUGUCAGCUGGAACGCCAUGGUGUCUGGGUACGCGUCGGCUGGUUUGUGGGGCGAGGCGUUUGACCUGCUGCAGUGGGUUCCUGGGGCGAACAUUGUCACCUGGAACGCGGUUGCGGCUGGAAAUUUUAAGGCGGGGAACGACGGUGACGUGAUGAGGUUGGUGUGGCAGAUGAGGAGUUGCCAUGGUCCGGGGCUGGAUUCUGUGACUGUUGUCAUCGGCCUCAGGGCAUGUGCUAGGGGUGGGUAUCUGAAGAUUGGCAAGGAGUUGCAUGCUGCGUCUGUCCGUCUAUGCUUUGAUAGGCUUGAGCACGUGGAGAGUUCAUUGAUCACAAUGUACUCCAGAUGCCAGAUGAUGAGCUCUGCAUAUCACCUGUUCAGAUCAUGCUCAACUCAGAGCGUAGUAAUAUGGAAUUCAUUGCUAGCAGGAUUUGGAUUCAUGGACCAGGUUGAGGAAGCUAUUUUGCUUUUCAGAGAGAUGAUUUAUUCCUCUGUCUUUCCAAAUGAUGUUACUGUGUUAACUAUGCUUUCACUUAGUGCACGUUUUGGACACCUCUGUCACGGAAGGGAAAUGCACUGCUACAUUUUCAAGCAUGGACUUGGUGCCUCUAACAUACUGCAGAACUCACUUGUCGAUAUGUACUCAAAGUCUAGACAGAUGGCAACUGCCCAGAGAGUGUUUGACCAGAUGCAAUCUCAAGACAGGCAUGCCUAUACUUCACUGAUUUUGGGCUAUGGAAUGCAAAGAGAAGGGAAUCUAUCACUGAAGCUCUUUGAUGAAAUGAUCGCCAACAAUAUCAAGGUGGACCAUGUAACUAUGGUUGCUGUUCUUUCAGCCUGCAGCCACUCUGGGCUGGUAACUCAAGGUCAGCUACUAUUUGCUGAGAUGUUUGAUGUGUUUUGCAUUGCACCAAGGGUGGAGCAUUUUUCUUGCAUGGUUGAUUUGUACUGCCGUGAGGGUUUGCUGAGUAUGGCUGAGGAGAUAAUUAACAAGAUGCCAUUCCAGCCAACUGCCGCGAUGUUGGCAACUUUAAUUGAGGCUUGCAGGAUCCAUGGAAAAACAGAAGUUGGUGAUCGAGCUGCAAAGAGGCUGCUGGCCAUGAGGACAAACAACCCCGGUCACUACAAAUUGAUUGCAAACAUGUAUAUAUCAGCAAAGCGCUGGCCAGAACUAGCUAAGCUUAGAUCAUUAAUGAGCGUCAUGGAGCUAAAUAUGAUUCCAACUCAUUCCUUGCUGGAGUCAGAAUAUGACAUGUGUCCAGUCGAACAAGAUUGUUGCUUAAACGGCAGUAUGCAUGGAGGCUUGUCUGAUGACAUGACAGAUACUGAUUUCUCUAGUAGUGAGGAAGUGAAAUGCAAUGAAGCUUUUGGUGGAAGACCUUGCAUUGCUACAUACAAAUUAAAGAUGUCAUUUCCAGUACUACCUUCAAGCACGAUCACAAACAAUUUGGGCACGAACCACUCUACCACCUCUGUUGCCUCUGGAGCAGCUGGCCAACCUCUGAAUUGCACGAAUGAAGGAGCUCUGGAAGUUGGCAAUAUGUCAAUUCCUUGCUAUCCUUUUCUUCUCCCCUCUCUACUGCAGCUGGCGUUUGGUCCAAGCUCACCAAACAUGGUGCCGUCAGAGCCAGAGAUCAUUCACUUGACUCCAUGGGAUCUCGCGCUGAUCACGGUGGACCACAUCCAGAAGGGGAUCCUUCUGCCAAAGCCCGGGGCAGGAGGUGCACAACUCAUCGACGACCUUGCUUCGUCCUUCGCUAGCACGCUGGGCCGUUUCUACCCACUGGCUGGCCGUCUCACUGCCUCAGAGAUCACGGACGGUGUUUCAAGUCCAAGCCUUGCUAUCUCUCUCUGCUGCAACGGUGAAGGCGCCGAGUUCAUUCAUGCCGUGGCUCCUGAGGUCACCGUGAGCCACAUAACCACCCCAGUGUACAUCCCGUCAGUCGUGUGGUCCUUCUUCCCGCUGAACAGGCUGCUGAAUGUGGAAGCUGUCGUGAGCUCCCUCCCUGUGCUGGCCGCACAGGUCACCGAGCUCGCAGAUGGCAUCUUUAUUGCCAUGUCGCUCAACCAUGGCGUCGCUGAUGGGGCCGUAUUCUGGCUCUUCUUCAACACCUGGUCAGAGAUAAACCGGCGCAGCAGCGGUGGAGGUGAAGGGUAUAAGCUGUCCACACCGCCGCCUGUGCUGGACAGAUGGUUCCUCGACACCUGCCCUGUGCCAGUCCCUCUACCCUUCGGCAAGAUGGAGGACAUCGUCCAGCGACCCAAGUACACCCCGGUGCAGGAAUGUUUCUUCACUUCUCUGCGGAGAGCAUAA